UAGAGGCUUUGGUAGGGGUGCAGGCACUUCUGCCUCACAGUCAAAGCAAAAGCAACAGCUCAAGCAGCCUCCUUGGAGAAAAUCUGAAAAUUCAACUUGUUCAAGAGAAGGUCUUGUACGUGCCUAAGUUCCAGAGCCUCCUGACGUGACCAUGGCUGAGAGUGAGGACCCCUCUCUGAGGAUCGUUCUGGUAGGGAAAACUGGAAGUGGGAAAAGUGGAACAGCGAACACCAUCCUUGGAGAGAAAAUCUUUGAGUCUAGAAUUGCUGCCCAAGCUGUUACCAAGACCUGUCAAAAAGCAUCCCGGGAAUGGCAGGGGAGACACCUUCUUGUUGUUGACACUCCAGGGCUCUUUGACACCAAGGAGAGGCUGGAAACCACCUGUAGGGAAAUCAGCCGCUGUGUCAUCUCCUCCUGCCCAGGGCCCCAUGCUAUUGUCCUGGUUCUGCAGCUGGGCCGCUACACAGAGGAAGAGCAGAAAACUGUUGCAUUGAUCAAGGCUGUCUUUGGGAAGCCAGCCAUGAAGCACAUGGUCAUCUUGUUCACUCGCAAAGAAGAGUUGGAGGGCCAGAGCUUGAGUGACUUCAUAGCAGAUGCGGAUGUGAACCUAAAAAGCAUCGUCCAGGAGUGCGGGAACCGCUGCUGUGCCUUUAGCAACAGCAGCCAAACCAGUGAGGCAGAGAAGGAAGGUCAAGUGCAGGAGCUGGUGGAGCUGAUAGAGAAAAUGGUGCAGUGCAACAAAGGGGCCUACUUUUCUGACGCCAUAUACAAGGACACAGAGGAAAGGCUGAAACAACGGGAAGAGAUUUUGAGGAAAAUCUACAUUGAUCAAUUAAGUGAAGAAAUUAAACUAGUAAAAGAGGAUGAGCAUAAAUCAGAGGCAGAAAAGGAGGAAAAAAUAAAAUUAUUAAAAAUAAAAUGUGAUGAAAAAAUAAAAAAUAUAAGGGAAGAAGCUGAAAAAAAUAUAUUUGCAGAUGUUUUAAAUAGGAUUUUGAAGAUGAUUUCAAAAAUAUGGCAUUCCUUUUGGUAGUAAUGUUGUCUCUUCACACUAUUGAUCGCAUCUUUUGCUAUGCAGGAUAUGUUUUGUUUGAGGUAACCAUGUUUGUCUAUUUUUGCUUUUGUGGCCUUUGCUUUUGGUGUCAUAAAAAAUCAUCACCCAGAUCAAGAUUUUCCCUGUGUUUCUUCUAGUAGUUUACAGUUUUAGGCCUAACAUGUAACUAUUUAAUCCAUUUUGAGUUGUUUUUUUUUUUUAAGAUAAGGGCCCAAUUUCAUUUCUCUGCAUGUGGAUAUCCAGUUUUCCCAACACCGUUAUUGAAGAAACUAUCCUUUUCUCUUUGUAUGUUCUGUGUUCAACUGACCAUAAAUGUGUAGCCUUAUUUCUGGGUUUAUUAUUCUGUUCAUUGGUCUUUAUGUCAAUUUUUACGCUAGUAGGAUAUUUUUUAUUACUAUAGCUUUGUUUUAAUUAUAAUAGUAUGUUUUGAUUGCCACAGCUUUGUUUUGGUUACUAUAUUUUGAAAU